AUGGCGAGUGAGGCGGGCUCCCGGAAGGAAGGGGCUUCCGCCGAACCCUGGAUAAAGUCACUGGAGGCCCUUCAGUUAGAGUUGGAGCCCGUGAACAACCAAGCCAGGAGGGCCUUUGCUCGUUUGAGGCAGAACCUGGUGCAGAGACGCAGGACUCAUCUCGGUCACCGAAGGGCCAUCAUCCAGGGCAUCCCUGGCUUCUGGGCCAAAGCCGACAGUGCAGUGGACAAGGGGCAUCCCAACCACUCAGCCCUCACUUUGCCCCCUGGGCUGAGAAUUGGGCCGUCGGGCAUCCCUGAGGCCGGGCUUGGAGUAUGGAAUGAGGCAUCCGAUCUGCCGUUGGGUCAGCACUUUGGCCCCUAUGAGGGCCAGAUCACAGAAGGUGAAGAGGCAGCCAACAGUGGCUACUCCUGGAUGAUCACCAAGGGGAGAAACUGCUAUGAGUAUGUGGAUGGAAAGGACAAAUCUCGGGCCAACUGGAUGAGGUAUGUGAACUGUGCCCGGGGUGAUGAGGAGCAGAACCUGGUGGCCUUUCAAUACCAUGGGCAGAUCUUCUAUCGAACUUGCCAGGUCAUCAGGCCGGGCUGUGAACUGCUGGUCUGGUACGGGGAUGAAUAUGGCCAGGAGCUGGGUAUCAAGUGGGACAGCAAGUGUAAGAAAGAGCUCACGGCAGGGAGAGCGGAACCAAAGCCAGAGAUCCACCCUUGUUCUUCAUGCCCUCUGGCCUUCUCCAGUCAGAAAUUCCUCAGGCAACAUGUGGAACACAAUCACUCCUCUCCAACCUUCCCAGAGACAUCUGCAAGAGAACAUCUCCAGCCAGGAGAUCUCUGUGCAGUGGGUCAGAAUCAGGAGCAGCAACAUCCUGAUCCACACAGCUGGAAUGAUGAGGCCGAAGGUCAAGAGGCCAAAGAAAGAUCCCCUGGACUGCUGACGCCCUGCACGCUCGGCUUCCCACCUGCUGAGAGGCUCCGUCUGGCUCGCGGAGAGGGCUGCCAUCUGAGCCGAAUGCUGGCGGAUGGGACCAAGCGGAGCCGGACGGUGGCGAGUGAAGUCGAGCGGUGGCGGGUGGAGCCAAGCGGUGGCGGAUGGGACCGAGUGGAGCCGAGCGGUGACGGGUGUGGCGGGUGGGCGGGGUGGCGCCGGCAGAGAGCGGGGCGUUGGACGGGGGUAGCCGCGCGGCUGCUGGGCCCCGGCGAGCAGGUGGCCCGGGGCGCGCGGCGGUGCCCGGGCGCUGGGAGGCUCACGGCGGCCGUCGCGCAGUCUCUGGCAGAGCAUGGCCCUGGGCGGCGCCCCGGUUGCCCCUGUCGCUCCUUGGCUCCCUCCCCGUCCUGA